GGGACUGUCAAAGUGUGCUCGCCGGGGUGGGCUCCCCCGAACCUAAUUCCCCCCGCCCCCGCUAGUAUAUAGCGUGAAGAGUCCUUUCUUGGGAAAAGAAAAGACUUGGGUGAGGUGCAUGUGGAUUUUCCCCCACCUGGAGCCGAGGAAAAGGGGUGCCUAGAUUUGUAUCUCUAUUCAUGGGGCCUGCCCUGGGGUACUUGGGUAAUCUAGAGGUCAUCUAUGCCAUGCUGCUCCCUACUUUCGAGGAUACUUGGACGUUCCCUACCUGGGCGAAGCUUUAUAAAGCUCUCCUAUUCUGGUUUUCCACAUUCACAGAGAAUUUGAGUUAUGAUGGGCCCUCCAGCCCCCUCAGUUUGCAAUAAGACCAAGACCAAAAGAGGGGGAAUGACUUUCCUAAGACCCUAUGGUUAGUGAAUGUGGGGUUUUGCUAGAUUCCAGGCUUCCUGACUCAGAUCAAUGCUCCUUCCAUCGUUUCACAUUGCAAUGCUAUUCCUCCUCUAUCUCAGAGGUUGCCCUGAUGUAUAACUUUCCUCCCUUGAGUCCUGCAGAGAUCUGUCAUAUCUCAUUUCUUCUAGGUCUGCGGGCUCGAUUACCAGGAUUCACUUUCUUCCCCAGGCUGUACUACAAACCUCCAGAUGCCGGUCUAUGGAAUUCAGCAGAGAAUGAGUCCUCUGUUCUCCUUUCAUCUGUAAGCUGCUCUCCUAGCAUCCACUGUCCUCAUGUCUACCUUACUCCUCAAUCUGGAUUUUGGGGAACCUCCUCCCAAAAAGGCUUUAGAGGGGAAUUCCAAGCAUCAAAAUUUUGUCAAGAAGCGGCGGUUCUUGGAACAGAAAGGUUUUCUGACUAAGAAAAAGCAGCCCCCUAGCAGGGUGGCUAGGUUGCACUCAGACCCCCCAAAGAAAGAGGAGACUGCUAAGGUAGGUGGCACUUGGAGGGUCCCUCCCCUCCCAAAAAAGAAAAAGACAGCUGCCUCCAGCAGUGGAUCAGAGCAGUCCCUGGACAAAAAAGCUACAGUGCCUUGGUUGACCCCUGCCCCUUCACAGAAGGGUCAUUCUACUGCAGCUAAAGUAGAUUUGCUGGGGGAGUUCCAGAGUGCCCUUCCAAAGAUUAAGACCCACCUAACCUGCUCCCAGAAAAAGCAUCCCCAGAAGACUGCCUCACAGAAUUCCACUCAAGCUCACUCAGAGAAUAACUGCUCCGGAGUAGUCCAGGAGAUGCCAAGGAAGAUGGUGGCAGUUGACUGUGAGAUGGUGGGCACAGGGCCCAAGGGACAUGUCAGUUCCUUGGCUCGAUGUAGCAUUGUCAACUACAAUGGUGACGUGCUUUAUGAUGAGUACAUCCUUCCCCCCUGCCACAUUGUGGACUACCGGACCAGAUGGAGUGGGAUCCGGAAGCAGCACAUGGUGAAUGCUACACCCUUCAAGAUUGCUCGGAGCCAGAUCUUGAAGAUACUCAUGGGGAAGAUAGUGGUGGGGCACGCCAUCCACAACGACUUCAAAGCCCUCCAGUACUUUCACCCCAAGUCCCUUACCCGCGACACUUCCCAUAUCCCCCUCCUGAACCGGAAAGCCGACUGUCCAGAGAAUGCCACCAUGUCUCUGAAGCGUCUCACCCAGAAGCUGCUGAACCGGGACAUUCAGGUUGGGAAGAGCGGACAUUCCUCUGUGGAAGAUGCCCAGGCCACCAUGGAGCUGUAUAAGUUGGUCGAAGUCGAAUGGGAACAGCACUUGGCCCAGAAUCCCCCAGAAGACUAGCAGCAGUGGGGAUGCUAGUGAUGUGGGGAGAUAGGAGCAGCACCCAGGAGAGACAGGAAAUGAGCCAAUGGACAGCUCCACCAGCUCCACACCCUUGGGAGCUAGGCAGGCUCCCCAGACUUAAUAUCCAUUGAAACUUCACCUCAGGCAUUGUGUUCUGUGUCUGGUUAAGUGUCCCAUGGAAGUGGGAAUCCUCGGUGUCAGAACCCGGCCCUUUACUGUUUACCUCCUAAAUGGUGCUAAUCACAGGUCCCAGAGUACUUUGGUCCGGUCAAGCUUUUUGACUUUCAAGGGGCAGGGCAUACUGGGAAAUGUAAUUUCCCAAACUGCCUUGUCACUAGGUGGCCAUAUGUCCCAGUUUAUGCUUUCUAUCUUCAAGGAAUUAACAGCACCCUCUUUCCCUCUCGGAAGUAUCCUGCUUUGGUUGCUAAAUUGUAUGGUCACAUUACAUAUCACAGACUCAGCACCCUUGACUCAGAGUCUCCAUCUGGCCUGUGUCUGGAUAUUGCCUGUUGCUCCCACCUUGACUUCCAGAGGAACCGUCCCUGGUGAGGUUUAGUUCUCCUUAGGGCAACAAGCGAUAGAGGUAAGAGCAUAGCUUGGAAACUAACUUUUCUAAUUUAGGAAACCAGUCUCUUUCCUAAGGAUUGAUUUAAUUUGGGUCCCCCUGAGGUUGGGAAAGAAUUUAAAGUGUUUUAAUGUUUUUUUAACCUUCUCUCAUCUUGCCAAACCAAUUCUCUAAAAACACAGAUUAUUCCUUUGAUAAAAUUUUAUAGUGGAAAAACAGUCAUGUGAUGUUUUAUUUUUAAUUUCACAUUCAGUAGCUUUGUCACAGGUCUUGGGUGGGCUGCAGCUUUGUACGGGGGGUUCCCAGGUCUCUUGGAUGGCACUAGCUGGGCCCUUUGUGGUCUGGAACUCAUCAGGAAGCACUGACCAAGCCUUUAUGUAACCCAUGUGCUUGAGUGCAUUGUCCUCAUCCCUAUCACAAAUCAUUGAGCACACCCACAGUGACACCCCAAGCCAUACAAACACCGUCACACAAGAGGGUGUGUAAUGAGAGUGAAUCUGAGUGGGUAUGCUCGAGGGACAACAGGGGAGGACGGGUGUAAGUGACACCACCCUGGUGGCUGUUGCCAGCUCCUCCUGGGUACACAUUGUCAUCUCGGGAAGGUGAGUCACUGGUCUGAACUUGUGUUCGGGGUUGCUGUCUUGAGAUAAUGCAGACUCUGUGUAUACAUCAGGACUUGCAUCCUCUUGAGUGGCUGGCCUGAUUCCAGGGCCCAGAGUCACAGUCAGGGCUGUCUAUAGAAGGAAUUCCCUGCAGACACACCAGACCCAGACGUGGCCUUAUUGCUUGCACAGGCAGCUUUUGAGCACUGAGCAAGUUGGUUCCUGUUGAACCCAACAUACAUAAUAUCCAGGACUGUUAGAGGUGUCAGGUGCCCUUGUACAGCUCUAGGUACGAGUCCAGAAAGACCACGCCAAAAUGUGGGAAUGCACAUGAACGCAAGUCCUGAUUGCAUUUUUAUCAGUAGACUGGCAAGAUGAUGGGAAAAUUCUCAAUUGACUUGCUUCAAUUUUUAGGGUCCUUGUUGA